UUCCCGCAUCACAGCUCCAACGGAGAUCACACACCUUUGAAUCAAAUAACAAAAAACAUAAUGCAAUUGAUCAUCGCAUUGUCAGCCCUAGUGGCCCUUGCCUACGGCGCUCCCCAGUUCAACUACGUCCAGCCACAGUACCAGGGACAAGUUAUUCCCAUCCUCAGACAAACACAAAACGUGAAUCCAGAUGGAUCAUACCAGUGGAGCUAUGAAACUGGAAAUGGUAUCGCUGCACAAGAAGAAGGUUUUUUGAAGAAUCCUGGCAUCAAAGAUGCUGAAGCUCAGGUCGCCCAGGGUUCCUUCUCAUACACAUCUCCCGAGGGAAUCCCAAUUGCCCUGAGAUACGUCGCAGACGAAAAUGGUUUCCGUGCUGAAGGUGCCCAUAUUCCCACACCUCCACCAGUACCAUUGGCGAUCAGCCGUGCCCUGGAGUAUAUCGCAUCCCGCCCACAGUACCAAGAUCCACAAGCAUUCCGAGGCUAAAUCUAAAUGACUUGCAGACUUCAGACGAUAAUAAUGAACGGUCAAAGGAUAUCUCUAGCAUAAGUGUUACUGUGAUGUAUUUUAUAUUAUAAGGUAUUUACACGAUUUAUAAAUAAAAGAGAUCUUUAAUCA